CAAACAUCCAAACACUAGAGUCGAAAUUUCACCAAAUAAUGAUACAAACAAGAACUCUCUUUUCUAAUUCUUACACGACACCAAACAAUGUCUCACUCCUUUUGCCUUAAACAUAUAUAUUUAUAUACUCUAUAGUAUUUUAUACCAACCCAAAUCUCUAGUCCUCUUCUUUGUUACAUUUCUUGGAACAUUUUGAUAUCAUAAAGGUUUUUAAAGAUUUAACAAUGGUAGACACAUCACUUGGUUCCGACAAGGAGAAGAAACAAGGUAGUAAGCAGCCAGUGUAUCGUGGUGUCCGCAUGAGAAGCUGGGGCAAAUGGGUAUCUGAGAUACGUGAGCCACGUAAGAAGUCUAGGAUCUGGCUCGGGACUUUCCCCACGGCUGAGAUGGCCAUGCGUGCUCAUGACGUGGCGGCUUUGAGCAUCAAGGGAGCUUCAGCUAUUCUCAACUUCCCUGAGCUCUCAGAUAUUCUCCCUCGACCUGCUUCGCUCAGCCCUCGUGACGUCAGAGCUGCGGCCACCAAAGCGGCUUUCAUGGACUUUGGUAAUACUACGUUUUGUCACGUGGGGGCUGAGAGUGAUACGAGUGAGAGUAACGAAACGGUGGCGUUUAGUAAAAGGACGGAGAGUGAGAGUAGCGAAACGGCGUCGUUUUCUUCGUUUUCGGUGACGAGCGUUGAUGAGGAGAGUAUUAUGGUCUCGGAAGAUUUGGACAACAUAGUUGAGUUGCCGAGUCUUGGAACGAGUUUAGACGAGUCAAAUGAGUUUGUGUUUUUUGACUCGUUGGAGGAUUUGGUGUUCAUGCCAUCAUGGUCAGAUGAUUCUCCGCUGAACUCAGGUUUUGAAGAGAGCUUUUCUUGGAAACAUUUUCCCUGAAAAAUAAAUUUAAAUCGUAUUUUUUUUCCUUUUUUUUGUUAGUUUUUCAUGGGAUUCUCUAUGUUUUUUUUAUUUGCGUGAGAUAUCUCCAAGAAAGAUGAUGAAAUGUAAGUGUGUAUACUAUUGGGUUUGGCUGAAAUAAUGACAGCAGUGUUAGUGUUUUGAGUAUUUUUUUUUACCUUCCAGUUUUUCAGAAUCUUGCAAGAUCAAUAAAAAUUUAUUUGAAAAUGGUAGUUUUUAUUACACUCAGCUUUGAAACGCCAUGUAUUCUGAUUUUUUACAAAGAAUGCAAACUUUGACUUUUAAACCAUA